AUGAGCACACUCUCGAGUUUUCGGUCCAGCGCCGAUCUGGGAUUUGGCUCCAACAUCGACGAAGGGAGAUGGGUUGCUUACAUUCGUCGAACCCUAGAGGAAGAACUUGAGGAAGACACGCAAAUCCCAGUUAGUAUCUUCAGUGUUCCAAAAACCCUAUUGCUGAGUGCUCCAGAUUCUUACAUCCCACAAGAAGUUGCCCUUGGCCCUUAUCAUUGCUUCCGUUCCGAGCUUUACGACAUGGAGAAAUACAAAAUUGCUGCUACACAAAGAUAUCAGAGAGAAAUCCCAAACAAAAAUCUCCAAUACCUUGUUGAUCAAUACCUGAAAUUCCAGCUCAAGAUUCGAGCUUACUACCACAAGCCGUUAAACUUUAGUGGCGAAACUUUAGCAUGGAUGAUGGUGGUCGAUGCAUCUUUCUUGUUCGAGUUUCUUCAAGUCUGUGCUGUCGGAAAAGGCAAGGUACCAACUAAUGUUCCAUCAAGAAUGUCACAUUUGGUUGAAUUAGCCGCAAAUAAGGCAGCAAACAACGCCAUAUUUAGAGAUCUUAUAAUGCUCGAGAACCAAAUUCCAUUGUUUGUGUUGAGGGAAUUGUUAGAAUUUCAGUUCUCAUCAUUAGAGUUGGCAGAUGACUGGCUACUUUCCAUGUUAAUUGGACUCAGCAAAGAUCUUUCUCCAUUCAAGAUGGUGGAAGAAUUCCCCAAAUUACAGCUCAUGGAAUGUGCUCAUUUACUCGAUUUUGCAUACCGUGUUAUCGUGCCAAAUUUGGAGGAACAAUCUCUUGAUCCUCAUAUAGCUGAACUUGAGGACGAUGGUGAAUCAAAGGAAGGCGAGAAGGAUUGGAGGAACAAUCUCUUGAUCAUCAUAUAG